AACAGAAAAAGAAAACCUUGGUCGACAAGCUCGAGGGUGGUGUCCACUAAACAAGUAGAAUGUGGAAUGGCCUGUUUGCCACCUUGCUCAAAAUUGCGUUAAGAGCAAUGCUCUUCUGACUUUUCAAUGAAAAUUGGCUGAUAAAGAGUUGAAUAUCCACUAUCUCCUAUACAUACAUUUUGCUCAAACAGUAUGGCCAUCUCUAUGAAGCAUAUGUACAUUGUGAUUGUAACUCUUGGUGUUUUAUCUUUUAUUUUUGGUGUUGUUGCUGAGAACAAGAAGCCUGCAACUGGAAUCGCAAUACCAGGAAAAGGGAUUGUUAUUUGUAAAUAUGGAUCUGAUCCAACAGCUGCCCUGGGCUUAUUGUCUGUCAUCUUUCUUGCUGCAUCUGCUGUGGCCGGCUUCACGUCUUUGUUUUACCCAUAUAAUGGGAAGUCAAUUCCUCAGGCUGUUCUGCUGAGAAGCACUAGUUUUGUUAUAUUCCUCAAUGUUGCUUUGGGUACAACUGGUUUAGCAGCUGCUCUGUUGUUGUGGCCUACAAUCAGUGAGCAACUUCAUAUCACGCGGAACAUACACCACAACUUGCAAACACAGUGCCCAACUGCCAAGACUGGUCUUCUUGGUGGUGGUGCCUUCUUGUCUCUUGAUUCUGCGCUUUUCUGGUUGGUUUGCUUGAUGCUAGCUAAUAAUGCUCGGGAUGAUUACUUCGAAGAAACAACAGAUCUUAAAGGUGGGCCUGCAGUAGACUAUGAAGCAGAUGAUGUGAUCAAGAGUGCCUAAGAUAUUUUUACUAGUUGACUCAGAAAGGCAACAUGCCUUUCAUUUACUUGUUUCAUUCUGAUGUUGCAACGAUGAUGUGGUAGCAUGCCUUGCGCGAGAACUCGUUUGUUGUAUUUGUAUAUAUAUGAAAAAUGGUAGUAUGGAAUCAUCUAGCAUCUUAUUGUGUGUGGAUUUAGUCCCAUUAGGCUUUAAUUUCAUUUAAACGUUCUCCCCAAUGACAAAUAAGUAUUUUGGUUAUGUUGAGCUUUUAAGACCAAAUGCUUCGCGACAUCAUCCUCUACUGCCUCUUCUCCUCCU